AUGUCGAAACAUCAUCCUGAUUUGAUCAUGUGCAGGCGCCAGCCUGGCAUUGCUAUUGGCAGAUUGUGUGAGAAGUGUGAUGGUAAAUGUCCCGUCUGUGAUUCAUACGUCCGACCUGAAACACUCGUCCGCAUAUGUGACGAGUGUAACUUUGGUACAUAUGGAGGAAGGUGCAUUAUUUGUGGAUCACCAGGUAUAUCAGAUGCAUACUACUGCGCAGAGUGCACGCGGUUAGAAAAAGACAGAGAUGGAUGUCCGAAGAUCGUGAACUUGGGUGCUAGUAGGACAGAUCUAUUCUACGAGAGACGCAGAUUAGGCUUUAAGAAGAGUUAG